AUGGUGCAGAUGAAGAGUGACUUGAUCGCGGUCGCCAGCAACGAAGACGAAAUCCACCGCGAGGCGACGACGAACCUAUUCAAAUCCUUCCAGUACGUCAACCCUACGGGCGCAAAGCUAACCCCCGACUACGUCCUUCGAGGUGAUCCUUACGUUCUUAAAGCUCUUAUGCACCCUCGCCCUCCCGCUGACGUAAUUAAGGUUGAAUCAUACGGCGUACCAUACGACCCCGCCUCACAGGGACGUCAUCGGACCGACGACUACAGUGCCGCCGUCAAGACACAGGAGUUCACUCGCAUCAAGACAGAAGCGUUAGGUCGUAUCACAGCAUGGACAAAGCUUGGAACUAGGAAGAGAUAA